AUGGACGUGUCGAUGUCGACUAGUCUCGACGAGCGGUCCACCACCUCUGCUUCGCCGAUCAGUCCAGAGGGGAGUGCCAGUGGUGGUACGGGGGGUGUCGGUCCUGGGGCGGUAGCUGGGGGCAGUGGGAGUAGGGGCAAGCAUGCGGGGGAUAAGGACAACAAGAGACCUGCGUGAGUGAUGGAUGCUCUGACUCGUUGUGGGAGUCUGGGUUGGCGGGUGCGGGCGCUGGGGUGGAUGAUGUUCCCACCGACAAGCACCACCACCACCACCACCACCACCACCACCACCCCGGCCGCUAGCUGCUGCCUCUCGCGCCACGGUCAACGCGAGACCUCGGCUCGCUCCGGUGUCUCGGGGACGUCGUAGCGACCUAGCACUACGUGGGAAGAGACUCGUGACCGGUAGCUUGGAGCUGACACUUUUGUCUGUGUGUCAUCCCCAGUUGCAUCGGUUGCCGCACCAUCAAGGUCAGUUCGCCGACGACUUCCCGACCGAUCUCCCGUUCCUGGGUCCUCCGACUGGACUUGUCGACUUGUUCACGGGCGAGCCGCCGCGUGACUCGAGCGCGUUGGCUGUCGGCCACCGUCGCGGCGCGCCGCACCGCACCCCGCACCUUUCAAGGCGAUCACCACCCUUUCACGGGCAUUGAGCAAGCACUAACACCUCGUAACUCUCUUCCCCGACCUCAAUCCAGGUGCGGUGUAUUCUUCCCGCGAAUGAACCCAACGCCGUCGUAUGUACGAGAUGUAUUCGACUGAGUAAGUCGUCACUCCACUGCACUGGCACCCCGUCGGCGGCGGCCGCCCAUGCCCGAUUUGCUCCCGCUGAAAGUUCUUCAUCACGGCCUGGCUUUCGCUUCACCCCGCCCUGAGCUUUUCUCUCCCUAGCAUUCCUGCAAUGUCUGACCCCCUAUUUCCCUCGUACAGAACUCCCAUGCGAAUACCCUGCGCCGGCUACCAAAGGGAGGAAACCACGACACAGGUGAGCGCCCCGUCUCUUCGGUGUGGGGUAUACUCUUUCCUCGGUGCUGAUGCGCGUUAGAGUUACUUUCUCCGGCAGUCCUUCAAAAGUGGGCGAAGUGGUUCAGGGAGGUGCCUCGACAUCAUUUGAAGGUACGUUGUGUUGGGUUGUGGUGCAACGGUGUCCACGAACUGAUUCGGAGGUGAUCCCUCGCUCCCUGAUUGACAGAGAGACCGCCUGCCGAUACCAAGCCGAGCAUGUCGGCCCCCAUGCCAAGCUACCCUCCUCCAUCAACGACCGCUCCCAUCUCUUCAGCUCCAGCCAAUCCCUGGUCAGUUACAAUGCCGAGCUCGCUGCGGCUCGUCUGUGUCCAAAACUGACCUCGCCCCAACAUUCUCCACAGGGCUAACAAACCCGCGUCGUACGCUCCCACGACUUCAGUCACGCCUCCCAUGCUGGGACCGUCCACCAGCGUCUCUCAUUUCCCUCCAAUAGCGACCUCUCGAGGAGUACCCGCCCACCCCAGCAUGCCUCCCUCCUCGUCAUCCCAACCAGGAGGACCGUACGGUGCCCCGGCGAACCACCCCUCCGUUUCCUCCACCGGUACCGCCGGUUCUCCGCGCCUAAGCGAAGGCGCGGGCUCCAACAGCGCUCGACGGCAGUUGGUCGGCGGGGAGAACGCGAUGGAUCAUAGUUUAAGGUCAUUGGUCCAGGCGGCGGAAGUGACGAUGGCGGAGAACGCGGCGGUGACGGCCGAUUUGGAGGCCAAGCAGAAGAAGAAAGGAUUGGCCUUGCCGGGUUACGUCGAUCCGGUCGACUUGCGUCAGUUUCGGAUGGGGCGGCGUUAUGAAUCGGUGUGGAAAUCUGACGUUCCUUGUAAAUUGGUGUACGCAGAUAUUUUGGGCCUCGUCGAAGCCGAGCAGUUGUUCCAUUCGUACCACACCCAGCUCAAUCCGUUCAUCAAAAUUUUGGAUCCACAUCGUCAGUUGCAGAUGCUCAAGUUGGUACGUUAGGCAAGCACUAACAGUAGAGGCCGGAGUUUUCGUUCUGACAGUGCAUACGAUGGAAUUCACGCGCAAACACUCUCCGAUCCUCUUCUCGGCCGUGCUCUGCGUCGCCGGCAAAUUCACCCGCGUCGACCUCUACCCUCAACUGCUCGCGCAUGCCCAACAACUCGUCGGACGCGCGUUGGCGGACAACAUAUCGCACAUUGGGAUCGUCCAGGCGUUGGGGAUAUUGGUGUAUUGGAAGGAACCGACCGAUUCGAGCGCUUGGAUGAAAGUCGGGAUUGCGAUUCGAAUGGGCUACCAAUUGCGUUUGCACAAACCUCGAACACAACCCCUUCCUGCGGACACGAUGGAGGCUCGAUUGAUCCUCGAUGGGGAGAGGACCUGGUUGAACCUGGUUUGCUUCGACAAGUCGUACCACCUCUACGACGAAUCCGAAGGCCGUCGAGUGGGCCUCAUGAUCCCCGAUGAGAAACGCGAUCUCGAUCGCUGGCUCCAAGACGGCUAUCCUUACGAAGUCGAAGACGACAGUCUCCUCGCUCUCUCCGUCGAGAUGGGUAGGAUCACCGAGUUGAGAAGAAACAUCGAGUCGUGCAAGUCGUUGGGUGGGGCCCAUGCGUUGGCGGCUCAUCUGUCGGCGUGGUUGAGGGGGACUUGCACCAAGUGGACGGAUGCGUCGAGUCCUCAUUAUCGAUGUUCGAGGCCCGAGGGGGCGUUGAAGAUGAAGAUGAUGGUCCGUACUCUUGAGCAUCGUCACAGGCACCGAGCACCUCAGCUGAUCCCUACUCGAUCCUCUUCCCCUUACAGAACAGCAACACCAACACCGUACUCAUCCAAUCCCUGCUCAUCGCCACCGAAUUCAAAGACGACGCCGUUCUAGCCGAAUACUUUGGUCGCGCGGGAGAGUUCUUCGAAGAAAGCCUCAACCUCGCCAGGUCGGGCGUGAUUGAUAUCGUCCAGGAUUCGGUCGCCGUCGCUUUGUUCACUGCGGCGGAGUUUUUGUUUCGUGUACGUAUCGCUUGCUUUCCUAGCAUUCGGAGAGGUGGGCUUAUAUGGUUGCUGAUUUUGCGUGGGUUGAUUGUUGGUAGUUGUUCCCCAUGGUCAACAUCACGAACCAGACGACAAUCGUACGCUGGCUGACCCAAGGCGAGUCAUUAUUCGCCUGACCCAAGCACGAUCCUUGGAAUCAGAUGCUGAUUUUGGAAGUUCGCGAUGUUUCCACAGUGUACACGACGUGCAAACAAGUCGCCAACGAGCGCGACACCGCUGUCUCAGCCUACAUCGCUCGCUUCUAUCGUCAAGUCUUACGUCAAAUAUCCGCCUCUUCCUCCAUCCCGGCGACGCGUCCUAAUUCGCCUCAACCACAAUCCUCAAACCCGCCUUCCAACUUCAAUCACCGCCAAGCAGGUCAUCAGAAUGGUUCCUCUAACGUCGAAGGAAGGGUCGCUUUACAAAUGUCAAAUUCGGGAGUCAUGAACGGCUUUGGCAACGCCACACCCGCCGGAGGACCGCAUGGCGAUUCGUCGAACGGUCAAUUGCAGCAGGAACAGAACCCUUUCGCUGGAUUGGGGACCAUUGUAAGUCACCUCUCUUGAACCUCAACCACGAUGUCGUAAACCUAAAACCCUGACCCCCGAUCCUCUUUCGUUGAUGUGAACUAUAGGGCGACGAGCUUUUCGACGAUUUCGCUUCCACGACGGGCAUCUCCUUCUUGGAUGGACAACCGCAAUUCACGGACACGGACUAUUGGCACACUUUGCUACCGGGCGCUUUAGACGGAUGGAAUUGGUUCGGGCCAAAUCCGGCGCCUUGA